AUGGUGGGAGAAAACUCGUCCUCUGCGGUGACGGUGGUACCGGUACGCAAGACCACUUUCGUCAAGCGCCACCUGACUGGCGAGUUCGAGAAGAAGUACAUUGCCACCCUCGGUGUUGAGGUCCACCCCUUGAAGUUCCACACCAACUUUGGCACCAUCUGCUUCAACGUCUGGGACACCGCCGGCCAGGAGAAGUUCGGUGGCCUCCGUGACGGCUACUACAUCCAGGGCCAGUGCGGUAUCAUCAUGUUCGACGUUACCUCGCGUAUCACGUACAAGAACGUCCCCAACUGGCACCGUGACCUCGAGCGUGUCUGCGAGAACAUCCCCAUCGUCCUCUGCGGUAACAAGGUCGACGUCAAGGAGCGCAAGGUGAAGACCGGCAACGUCACCUUCCACCGCAAGAAGAACCUCCAGUACUUCGAGAUCUCGGCCAAGUCGAACUACAACUUCGAGAAGCCCUUCCUCUGGCUCGCGCGCAAGCUCGUCGGCAACCAGUCGCUCGAGUUUGUCGCUGCCCCUGCCCUUGCUCCCCCCGAGGUCGUCGUCGACAAGGAGCUCAUGGCUCAGUACGAGAACGAGCUUGCGGUCGCUGCCAACGCGCCCCUCCCCGACGAGGACGACGCCGACAUUUAA